AGGAUGCAAGGAUGGCCAGCUCAUCUCUGCCCACCCUGGUACCCCUGGGUCCCCACUGCCUGCGCCCCUUCACCCCCGAGUCCCUGGCAGCUAUAGAGCAGCGGGCCGUGGAGGAGGAGGCCCGACUGCAGCGGAAUAAGCAAAUGGAAAUUGAGGAGCCUGAGCGGAAGCCACGCAGCGACCUAGAAGCCGGCAAGAACCUACCGCUUAUCUACGGGGACCCCCCACCUGAAGUCAUUGGCAUCCCCCUGGAGGACCUGGACCCUUACUACAGUGACAAGAAGACCUUCAUUGUGCUCAACAAAGGCAAGGCCAUCUUCCGCUUCUCUGCCACGCCUGCCCUCUACAUGCUGAGCCCCUUCAGCAUUGUCAGGCGUGUGGCCAUCAAGGUGCUCAUCCACGCGCUGUUCAGCAUGUUUAUCAUGAUUACCAUCCUGACCAACUGUGUGUUCAUGACCAUGAGCAAUCCGCCAUCUUGGUCCAAGGACGUGGAGUACACCUUCACAGGGAUCUACACUUUCGAGUCUCUUAUUAAGAUGUUGGCCCGAGGCUUCUGCAUUGAUGACUUCACAUUCCUCCGGGACCCCUGGAACUGGCUGGACUUUAGUGUCAUCACGAUGGCGUAUGUGACAGAGUUUGUGGACUUGGGCAACAUCUCAGCCCUGAGGACCUUCCGUGUGCUGCGGGCCCUGAAAACCAUCACAGUUAUCCCAGGGCUGAAGACCAUUGUAGGAGCCCUGAUCCAGUCCGUGAAAAAGCUGUCCGACGUCAUGAUCCUCACCGUCUUCUGCCUGAGCGUCUUUGCGCUCGUGGGGCUGCAGCUCUUCAUGGGGAACCUGCGUCAGAAGUGCGUGCGCUGGCCCCCGCCCAUGAAUGACACCAACACCACGUGGUAUAGUAAUGACGACACGUGGUACGGCAACGACACGUGGUACGGCAACGACACGUGGUACGGCAAUGACACGUGGAGCAGCCAGGAGAGCUGGGCCAGCAACUACACCUUUGACUGGGACGCUUACAUCAACGACGAAGGAAACUUCUACUUCCUGGAGGGCUCCAAUGAUGCCCUGCUCUGUGGGAAUAGCAGUGAUGCCGGGCACUGCCCCGAAGGUUAUGAAUGCAUAAAGGCUGGACGGAACCCUAACUAUGGCUAUACCAGCUACGACACCUUCAGCUGGGCCUUCCUGGCUCUCUUCCGCCUCAUGACACAGGACUACUGGGAGAACCUUUUCCAGCUGACCCUUCGAGCAGCUGGCAAGACCUACAUGAUCUUCUUUGUGGUCAUCAUCUUCCUGGGCUCCUUCUACCUCAUCAAUCUGAUCCUGGCGGUGGUGGCCAUGGCCUAUGCAGAACAGAAUGAAGCUACCUUGGCUGAGGACCAGGAGAAAGAGGAGGAGUUUCAACAGAUGCUUGAGAAAUUCAAAAAACAUCAGGAGGAGUUAGAAAAGGCUAAGGCUGCCCAGGCUCUGGAAGGUGGGGAGGCAGAUGGGGACCCAGUCCACAACAAAGAUUGCAAUGGCAGCCUGGACACAUCCGGGGAGAAGGGGCCCCCAAGGCCGAGCUGCAGCGCAGACAGUGCCAUCUCAGAUGCUAUGGAGGAGCUGGAAGAAGCCCACCAGAAGUGCCCGCCGUGGUGGUACAAGUGUGCGCACAAAGUACUCAUUUGGAACUGCUGCGCCCCGUGGGUGAAGUUCAAGCAUAUCAUCCACCUGAUCGUCAUGGACCCCUUCGUGGACCUGGGCAUCACCAUCUGCAUCGUGCUCAACACCCUGUUCAUGGCCAUGGAGCAUUACCCCAUGACCGAGCACUUUGACAAUGUGCUCUCCGUGGGCAACUUAGUCUUCACGGGCAUUUUCACUGCAGAGAUGGUGCUGAAGCUGAUCGCCAUGGACCCCUAUGAGUAUUUCCAACAGGGCUGGAACAUCUUCGACAGCUUCAUUGUCACCCUCAGCCUGGUGGAGCUGGGCCUGGCCAACGUGCAAGGGCUGUCGGUGCUGCGUUCCUUCCGUCUGCUGCGUGUCUUCAAACUGGCCAAGUCAUGGCCAACACUCAACAUGCUCAUCAAAAUCAUUGGCAACUCAGUGGGCGCGCUGGGCAACCUGACACUGGUGCUGGCUAUCAUCGUCUUUAUCUUCGCCGUGGUGGGCAUGCAGCUGUUUGGCAAGAGCUACAAGGAAUGUGUGUGUAAGAUAGCCUCAGACUGCACCCUCCCGCGCUGGCACAUGAACGACUUCUUCCACUCCUUCCUCAUCGUCUUCCGCAUCCUCUGCGGGGAGUGGAUCGAGACCAUGUGGGACUGCAUGGAGGUGGCCGGCCAGGCCAUGUGUCUCACCGUCUUCCUCAUGGUCAUGGUCAUUGGCAACCUGGUGGUUCUGAAUCUGUUCCUGGCUCUCCUGCUGAGCUCCUUCAGCGCCGACAGCCUGGCAGCGUCCGAUGAAGACGGCGAGAUGAACAACCUGCAGAUUGCCAUCGGACGCAUUAAGUGGGGCAUCGGCUUUGCCAAAGCCUUCCUCCUGGGGCUGCUGCACGGCAAGAUCCUGAGCCCCAAGGACAUAAUGCUCACCCUCGGUGAGCCCGGGGGUGCUGGGGAGAUGGGGGAGAGUGCUCCUGAGGAUGAGAAGAAGGAACCACCCCCAGAAGAUGAGAACAAGGAACUGAAGGAUAAUCAUAUCCUGAACCAUGUGGACCUGAGCGAUGGCCCCCGCUCCAGCAUCGAGCUGGACCACCUCAACUUUAUCAACAACCCCUACCUCACCAUCCAGGUGCCCAUUGCCUCCGAGGAGUCCGACCUGGAGAUGCCCACCGAGGAGGAGACUGACACGUUCUCGGAGCCUGAAGACAUUAAGAAGCCACCACAGCCCCUCUACGAUGGGAACUCCUCCGUCUGCAGCACGGCUGACUACAAGCCCCCUGAAGAGGACCGUGAGGAGCAGGCUGAGGAGAACCCUGAGGGGGAGCUGCCUGAGGAAUGCUUCACUGAAGCCUGCGUGCAACGCUGCCCCUGCCUCUAUGUGGACAUCUCCCAGGGCCGUGGGAAAAUGUGGUGGACGCUGCGCCGGGCCUGCUUCAAGAUUGUCGAGCACAACUGGUUUGAGACCUUCAUUGUCUUCAUGAUCUUGCUCAGCAGUGGAGCCCUGGCCUUCGAAGACAUAUACAUUGAGCAAAGGCGAGUCAUCCGGACUAUCCUGGAAUACGCUGACAAGGUCUUCACCUACAUCUUCAUCCUGGAGAUGCUGCUCAAGUGGGUGGCCUACGGUUUCAAGGUGUAUUUCACCAACGCCUGGUGUUGGCUCGAUUUCCUCAUCGUGGAUGUCUCCAUUAUCAGCCUGGUGGCCAACUGGCUGGGCUACUCUGAGCUGGGGCCCAUCAAAUCCCUGCGCACACUGCGGGCCUUGCGUCCCCUGAGGGCGCUCUCUCGAUUUGAGGGCAUGAGGGUGGUGGUGAACGCCCUCCUGGGAGCCAUCCCCUCCAUCAUGAACGUCCUCCUCGUCUGCCUCAUCUUCUGGCUUAUCUUCAGCAUCAUGGGGGUCAACUUGUUCGCUGGCAAGUUCUACUACUGCGUCAACACCACCACCUCCGAGAGGUUCGAUAUCUCUGUGGUCAACAAUAAGUCCGAGUGUGAAAGCCUCAUGCACACGGGCCAGGUCCGAUGGAUGAACGUUAAGGUCAACUAUGACAACGUGGGUCUGGGCUAUCUGUCCCUCCUUCAGGUGGCCACUUUCAAGGGUUGGAUGGAUAUCAUGUAUGCGGCUGUGGACUCCCGGGAGAAGGAGGAGCAGCCAGACUAUGAGGUGAACAUCUACAUGUACCUUUACUUUGUCAUCUUCAUCAUCUUUGGCUCCUUCUUCACACUCAACCUCUUCAUCGGGGUCAUCAUUGACAACUUCAACCAACAGAAGAAGAAGUUUGGAGGGAAAGACAUCUUCAUGACAGAGGAGCAGAAGAAGUACUACAAUGCCAUGAAGAAGCUGGGCUCCAAGAAGCCCCAGAAGCCCAUCCCCCGCCCUCAGAACAAGAUCCAGGGCAUGGUGUAUGACUUCGUGACAAAGCAGGUGUUUGACAUCUCCAUCAUGAUCCUCAUCUGCCUUAACAUGGUUACCAUGAUGGUGGAGACGGACGACCAGAGCCAGCUCAAGGUGGACAUCCUGUACAACAUCAACAUGGUCUUCAUCAUCAUCUUCACAGGGGAGUGUGUGCUCAAGAUGUUCGCGCUGCGCCACUACUACUUCACCAUUGGCUGGAACAUCUUCGACUUCGUGGUUGUCAUCUUGUCCAUCGUGGGCCUCGCGCUUUCUGACUUGAUACAGAAAUAUUUCGUGUCGCCCACGUUGUUCCGUGUGAUCCGCUUGGCACGGAUCGGGCGUGUCUUGCGUCUGAUCCGUGGGGCCAAGGGCAUCCGGACACUGUUGUUCGCCCUCAUGAUGUCACUGCCUGCCCUCUUCAACAUCGGCCUCCUUCUCUUUCUGGUUAUGUUCAUCUACUCCAUCUUCGGCAUGUCCAACUUUGCCUAUGUCAAGAAAGAAUCGGGCAUUGAUGACAUGUUUAACUUCGAGACCUUCGGCAACAGUAUCAUCUGUCUCUUCGAGAUCACCACGUCAGCUGGCUGGGAUGGGCUUCUGAACCCCAUCCUCAACAGUGGGCCCCCAGAUUGUGACCCGACGCUGGAGAACCCAGGCACUAACAUCAAGGGUGACUGUGGCAACCCAUCCAUCGGCAUCUGCUUCUUCUGCAGCUACAUCAUCAUUUCCUUCCUCAUUGUGGUCAACAUGUACAUUGCCAUCAUCCUAGAGAAUUUCAACGUGGCCACUGAGGAGAGCAGUGAGCCCCUCAGUGAGGACGACUUUGAGAUGUUCUAUGAGACCUGGGAAAAGUUCGACCCUGACGCCACUCAGUUCAUUGACUACAACCGCCUCUCCGACUUUGUGGACACCCUGCAGGAGCCGCUGAGGAUCGCCAAGCCCAACAAGAUCAAGCUGAUCACGUUAGACCUGCCCAUGGUGCCAGGAGACAAGAUCCACUGCCUGGACAUCCUCUUUGCCCUGACCAAAGAGGUACUGGGUGACUCUGGGGAGAUGGAUGCCCUCAAACAGACCAUGGAGGAAAAGUUCAUGGCAGCCAACCCCUCCAAGGUCUCCUACGAGCCCAUCACCACCACCCUCAAGAGGAAGCAGGAGGAGGUUUGUGCCAUCAAAAUCCAGAGGGCCUACCGCCGCCACUUGCUUCAGCGCUCUGUGAAGCAGGCCUCCUACAUGUACCGCCACAGCCAGGAUGGCAAUGGAGACGGGGCCCCCGAGAAGGAGGGAUUGCUUGCCAACACCAUGAACAAGAUGUACGGCCCUGAGAGCGAGAACAGUGGUGUGCAGGGCCAGGGAGAGAAGGAGAAGGGUUCUACAGGGAAUGCUGGACCCACCAUGGAGCUCACACCCACCAGCUCCUUGGACACCACUCAGACUCCUCCUCCAUCAGCACCACCACCAUCAGCACCACCACCGCAAUCAGCACCACAGGGGCAGACUGUGCGGCCAGGGGUCAAAGAGUCUCUCGUCUAGAGAGCAGCAUCUAGGUGUCUGAGCACUGGCAUAGACCUGAGGCUCCCAUUAGAGAGCUGCGUGCAGAGCUGAGAAUGGGGCUUUGAGGUGGGGACUGUUCAGGGCUUGCUGCCUGGGCUGAGGGAAAUGGAAACUGUGCUCAGGGUUCAGAUGGGGCUGAAGCCCCUGCCUCCUGAUUUCAUCUUUGCAUUGCUCUGACAGACAUUCUCUUGAUCAGAACACCAGAACGCUGUUCCCUACUUGGGGAAAAACCAGCAUAUCAUGGAGGGGUUGGCUGCCUUGCUGGCACUACUCUUAAGGGCCCAAGUGCCCCAGCUCUAGCCAGGACAAAAACAAGUCUUAACCUCAAAAACCUAUAGCUGACCCCAGGGCUCACCAACGCUCCCAUCCCAUGACUCAGACACAGCUUCCCCCAGCCAGCUCAGGAAUGCCCUGUAAAAGGGAAGUAGCCUGGGUACACACAUUGCUGCAUAGAACCAAUUGGCCACUGGAUCUGGAUGUAUCAGGCUGGACACUUGACUUCUGAAACCUAUCACCCAGUUAUAUCCAGGCCGGUGGAUAGCUCCCCUGGCUGGCACCUGGGGGAAGAACCAAGGGAAGGAUUCCCCUCGGGAAUUCCCUUUCUCUAGGAUGCAUGGAUGGGUCGUACAGGCUGGGUCCUGCCAGCUGCAUUCGUGCGCUUGGGCCUGAGCCCCCAGGUCUGGCUGUGAUCAGGUUUGGUACUCUCUAAGACAAACCUGCCUGUUCCCUCUUUUCCUUUCUUUGUGCCUUCCUUUGACCCCCAGGGCUCCUUGGUGCCCUGUCAUGCCUGAGAGAGCUCCUUCUUCUCGUCUCAUCUCUGCCCAUCUCCUCUCUGCUCCUUGUCCUUCCCUGCUUCCUCAAAGUGACCCUGAGAAUGUUAGGACUGAGCUCACAGGAGAGGUGCUGAUUUGGGGGCUAGAGCAGGCAGUCAAGAAGGCUCACCAGGUUGGGCUUCAGUCUCCCUGCUGCCUGGAAUGGAAAGCUAUUUUCUCUUUCUUUCUUUCUUUCUUUCUUUCUUUCUUUCUUUCUUUC